AUGAUGUCGUCGACAAAUAGCUCCUCUCCAUCCAACAUUGAAAUCAAAUAUACGAAAAUUUUCAUCAAUAAUGAAUGGCACAAAGCAGAAAGUGGAAAAACAUUUUCAGUGAUUAAUCCAAGUACAGGUGAAGAGAUUUGUCAAGUAGAAGAAGCCAAUCGAGUCGAUGUUGAUAAAGCAGUUGAAGCUGCGCGAAAAGCAUUUGAGAUCGAUUCACCGUGGCGCAAAUUGGAACCGUCUGCACGUGGAAGUUUGAUGCGUCAAUUUGCAUCCUUUCUCCGACGAGAUAUUGAUUAUUUAUCCAAAUUAGAAACAUUGAAUAACGGUAAACCAGUUGAAGAGAGCAUCGCUGAUAUCAAUGUAUCAGCUGAUUGUAUCGAUUACUAUGCUGGAUGGGUGGAUAAAAUAGUAGGCGAAACAAUUCCGUUUAGUCACGACUCGUUUGUUUAUACACGACAUGAACCCGUCGGUAUAUGUGGACAAAUUAUUCCAUGGAAUUAUCCAAUUAUGAUGUUGGCUUGGAAAUUAGGUCCUGCAUUGGCAUGUGGUAAUGUGGUUAUUCUGAAACCAGCCGAACAAACACCGCUGACUGCGCUUUAUUGUGCUGCUUUGAUCAAAGAAGCUGGAUUUCCACCAGGAGUUGUGAAUAUUUUACCAGGUGAUGGACCGGAGUGUGGCAACGCGAUCGCCAUUCAUGAGCAUAUUGAUAAGAUCGCAUUCACUGGAUCAGUCGAGAUUGGUAAAAAAAUUCAAAUUGCUGCAGCUCAAUCAAACCUCAAGCGUGUAUCUCUUGAACUUGGUGGUAAAUCUCCAUUGAUCAUCUGUGAAGAUGUCGAUCUUGAUUUUGCUGUUAAUAUCGCUCAUCGAGCAAUCUUCAAUAAUGCUGCACAGAAUUGUACAGCGGGUACACGUACAUUCGUUCAUGCGAAGAUCUAUGAUGAAUUUAUCGCACGAAGUGUGGCACUAACUAAAAAACGUGUAAUUGGCGAUCCAUUUGAUUCCAAUACAAAACAAGGUCCACAGAUCAAUGAAAGUCAAUUCAACAAGAUUUUGGAUUACAUCGAAUCUGGAAAGAAGGAUGGAGCUAAAUUAGAAUGCGGCGGAACACGCGUUGGCACUAAAGGUUACUUUAUACAACCAACAAUUUUCAGUGAUGUGGAAGAUCAAAUGCAAAUUGCUCGCGAAGAAAUUUUUGGUCCAGUAAUGUCGAUCUUGAAAUUCGAUGAUUACGAUGAAGUACUCACACGUGCAAAUGAUACAUCGUUUGGAUUAGGUGCUGGCGUGAUUACUAAAGAUCUAACACGUGCUUUGUCAUUUGCACAACGACUACAAUCAGGUUCAGUCUGGAUUAAUGACUACGAUGUUAUUUGCAAUCAAGCACCAUUCGGUGGUUUUAAACAAUCGGGCCACGGACGAGAACUAGGCCGAUAUGGGCUAGAACAAUACUACGAAGUGAAAACGGUAGUGAUCAAACUGGUUUGA